UGCGUGAAGUGUGAACGUUUUGUUUUUUAUGUUAUUGAACAAGUGAAGCUACAAUGGCACCACCGACGCGAAGUGAGAUUUGGACUUAUUUUAAACCAGAUGAUGAUCGAAAUAAAGCUCAGUGUAUAAUAUGUAACAAAAAAUAUUCUCGCAAGGGCCGUACCACUUCGUCUUUGAAAAAUCAUCUGAAAUCCAUGCACCCAGAACAGUUUAGUUUGUUCGAAAGUUCGAGUAACGAAAAACAAAUGCAGAAGAUGAAAGCUGAAGCACAUAAAAUCGUCACUCCACUACAAGAAACAAAGAAACAACUUUCGAUAGAGGAAGCAGUUCAAAAAGAAAAAAAGUGGGAUACUAACAAUUCAAAUUCGAAAAAAAUUGACGAACUCAUCGGAGAAAUGAUUGCACUUCAAAAUUUACCGUUUAAUUUUGUAGAGGGACUCGGUUUUCGCAGACUGAUACAAGAAUUAUCACCAAGAUAUAAUUUAAGAGGGCGCAAUUUUUUUACUGAUUUUGUGUGCACGGAAUUGUAUGGCAAAGUUGCUAACAAAGUUAAAGAAUUGAUCGAAAAAUUUGAUUACAUGGCGUUUACUUCUGAUAUUUGGUCGGGUCCAAGCUCUAAUGCAUCUUUGCUUUGUCUGACUUGUCAUGGAAUCUCUGAAAACUUUGAUCGAUCAUCAAUUAUAUUGAAAUGUGAGACAUUCGACGACCAUCACACAGGUGACAUAAUUGCUGAAAAAUUUGACAUGAUGCUUACUGAAUGGAAUAUUUCAAAAGAACAAGUGCAUUGCAUUAUUCGAGACGAAGACUCCAAUAUGAAAAGAACUAAGCGAUUAGCAGUAUUCAAUGAUUUGGAUUGUACAGUUCACAAGAUGCAACUCGCUAUUCGAAGUUGUUUACAAUCGCAGGAAAACAUAACAGUCGCCAUACAAAAAUGUAAGAAAAUUUCGACUCAUUUUAACCAUUCCAUCAUUGCUCAAAAACAACUGCAAAAAAUUCAGGACAGACUGAAUCAACCGCAUCUCAGAGUGUUCCAAGAUUGUGCAACGCGAUGGAACAGUACGUUUUACAUGUUUGAGCGUUUUUUAAAGGUAAAAGAUGCAUUAAGACUUUACAUUAAUGACAGUGAAAUUGACCCUAUUUCGCCAGAAGAGUGGAAAAUUAUUGAAUGUUGUGUUGAGCUAUUGAAACCUUUUGAAGAAGCCACACGGGAACUAAGUAACUCUCAUACACUUAUAUCAUCUGUGAUUCCAAUAAUUAAAAUGCUUGCAAAAAAACUUGAUGACUAUUUAACAAGAUCAAAGGAUUCUGAUUCAAUUCGGGUGGCUGUCACGACUCUGAAAACUGAAGUUUCAGCAAAAUUUUCUACUUUGUUGGAAGAGAACAAUUUAUAUGUCAUAGCCACCUACUUAGACCCUCGCUAUAAGCACAAGUUUUUUACACCAGUGAUCGAGAAAAAGAUUAAAGACGAUAUUUUGAAGAUCAGGACAAUCAUUGAGAAUGAUGUCUCGAACUCUCGAAUAAUAUCUCCAAAUCUCAAAGGAACGAAAAAAUUGAGAACGGGAGAUUCCCUCGUGAAAGAUACGGAAGAACCUGAAACGUCCGGUACAGCCAGAAAGCCAUGCUUAAAAAGCGAUCUCGCCAUGAUGCUAGAUUCGUCAAUUGAAGAUGAGAGUCAAGAAAUAUCAGAAAAUGGUUGCCCUGACGCUGCCCUCAAGAAGGAAUUGCUCUCUUAUCGUAAUAAAACAAGGGUCAAUACAAGUGAAAAUCCACUUAAAUGGUGGAGCGUUAAUAGUAACGAGUUAAAAAUUUUAUCUGGAAUAGCACGCAGAUUUUUAUCGCCUCCACCAGCUAGUGUUCCUAGUGAACAGUUAUUUAGUAGCGCAGGAUUCAUUGAUGAACCUCUGCGAAACAUACUCGAACCUGAAAAGGCCGCAAUAUUACGUUUUAUUAAAUAUAAUUCAACAAUUUUGGAUACACGUCGGCCUUAAAUAAUUUUGCUGCUUUCGUCAAUUUUCACCAGCAUAACAUUAUAGAAAAUAUUUAUUGUGACAUUUUGGAUCUAGUUUUUGCUAAUAUCCCUUAAAAUGUAAGCAGAUCUGAUAAUUCAAUUAUAAGUCGACGGAUUCGAUUACAAUACUUUCUUGCUUACACUCGGGAAGUAAAAAUAAACAAAAUAAAAUAAAAUUUUGCGAAGCAGUGUAUUAAUUAUCUUAGUCACCAAGUCAUCCUGACAAAUAACGGGUUGCUGAUGCCUGAUAUAGCAUCCAGAAAAAUCUCGAAGCGGCGUUCGCGAUUCAUCGACAGGAAUGGAUGGCCACCGUCGGGAACGGUUAUUAUUCAGUCGAUGCAGCCAACGAGUCGAGUCCAGUGAAUGUUGCGCCGGAAUUUUUGUACAU